CUCUCCAAAACCACCAACCAUGCCCUUCCCCAAUCCCUCCUCCUCCCCUUCCGCCACCAUCCACAUCAUCUCCAAAGCAAACCUCACCGUCCACAAAACCCUAACCUACACCCCCUCCCCCUCCCCACCCCUCCCACUCUCCUCCAUCCGCGCCCAAAUCUCCCUCCUCGCCAUCACAGGCAACACCUACACCUACGCCCGCGGCGGCGCAACUCUCCACUGGUGGGACGCCUACCCCGUUCCUUCCGGCUCUCAUCUCUCCCCCGAUAAAUGGGGAAUCGUGCCGACAUGGGGGUUCGCGGACGUCGUCGACAGCACGAUUGCCGGUAUACCGGUUGGAUCCCGCUUAUUCGGAUUCUGGCCGACGGCGCGGAUGGCGGUGGAUUUGAAGUUGGAAGAGGGGAGUUCGGAAGGUCACUGGCUCGAAGUCAGCGAUGAGAGGAGGAGUCUAAUGGCGAUGUAUAAUCGGUACAGACUCGUCGUGCCCGACGGUUUGAGGAAUGCCUCGGAACGAGAAGCUUUGAUGGCUGGCUGUGCGGUUUGGCAGGCGGGUUGGUUGUUGAGUCGAUUCAUCUUCGCUGCUGGUGGAUCUGGAGAGAUACCGAUUCAUCCGCUUGGAGGGGAGAUUUCUUGGUCGAGGGAUGAUGCGGAUUUGUCGCGGGCGGUGGUGGUGAGUUUGGCGGCUUCGAGUAAGACGGGGCGGGCGUUUGGCUGGGCGAUGCGGAAGCGUGAUGUGCAGACAGAUGGUCCGUUGGCGCUUCUCGAGGCGACGUCGAAUGUAGAGGCGAUUGGCGGUCGAGGAGGUGGGUCGUCGGUGCCGUCGAAAGUGGUCAUGUACUCCGAUCUGUGCGAUGCGCAUACGUUAGGGUGGAUGGUCGGACAUUCUCCGCGGAAAAUCGUCAUCGUCGACUUUGGAGCCACGGCCGAGGUCGUCGCAUCGCUCGUUAAGACGAUACGACGGACGAUGAUGGGAAUGUCGGUCAUGGUCGUGGGUGUCGGCGGACAGACGAAGAUCAUGAGCGAGUCUGAUGUCCAACGAAUUCAAGUCGUGAACCAGGACGUUGGACGGGUCCAGAUGAACACGAGCGGCGUGAUCGAUAAGGCGAUUGGACUUCAUGGCGCGGAGAAGUUCUUUGCCAAGAUGGACGCUGCGUGGGAGCAGAUUCAAAGAGACUCUGUUUAUGAUAAUCAGAAGAUUGAAUGGUCCGAGGGCGUUGGGGGUAUCGAGCAUGCUUGGGCAAAGCUAGUGGCCGACCAGGUUUCCGGGACUUCUUUUGCGGCUGUGAGGAUGUGA